GUAAAAAGGUGAAUGAAGAGAAUUAUGGGAUGGAUCAUCGCCUAAAUUCUGAUUAUGUUUCGAGUGGGUCGAUAGAUCCUCGUGUUGCUGCCAGAGAUCGUGCAAUGCGGCGGAAUCAGAUCUCCGCCGAUCAACUUCUCGAAGAGAAUCGACGAAUUAGUGAUGAGAUUUCACGAGAAGAUGUUCCGGGUGGGAGGAGAGAACGUCGUCGUCUUGCUGCUAAAGAGCGCGAGAUUCGGAGGGAUCAGUUUAACGCCGAACUCCUUAGGGAAGAAAAUAGAGGAAUGACUGAUGAGAUAACAAGAGCAGAAGUGCAGUAUGAUGAUGAUGAUACUUUUGUUCAGGAUGGGAUUCGGAUUGAACCUUUCAAUUUGACGGAAGAGAGAGAAGAAGGGUAUUUCGAUGAUUCAGGAAAUUUUGUCGAAUUCAUGUGUGAUAGUGAGAUCGAUGAAGCAAUGGACACUGAAAGAAAUUCUACAAGAACAAAGAGUGAAGACGAAACUCCCGACCUUCCUUCCGAAGACUCUGGAAAGAUUAAGAAGCGAAUCGCUGAUGUUCUUGAGACUGGAGAGACGGUUUUACAAGCUUUGAAGAGAUUGAAAGGAAAUUCAAAUAAUAGGAAGGAGAAGAUGUCGCCGGAAACCAAGAUUCUCUUUGAUCAGUUGACUGAAGAUGCCAUGAAGCUGAUGGAGAAUGGCGAUUGCAAUGUCUAUGACUACAAGCAAGAGAUUUUUCAGCGAGAAGCAGAAGGUGACUCAACCAGUGCAGGUCAGAAAAUUUCUGAUUCUACUCUGAAUGUUUCUACUGAUCCAAGCAAUGACGACGAUACAUUCGAUAUGUUUGGGGAAGAUGAUCAAAACCCUAAUGCCGAUACAGGUUUUGGUGGGAGAAAGUUGGUUGCUGGUGCUAAUUUUAGUGGGAUUAGUCAAGCUUCUGAAAGUGGGGAUUUGCAGAGUGAUCAUGUGUAUGAUGAGUCCUCUGGUUACUACUGCUGUAGUAGUGUGGGUUACUACUAUGAUCCAUCUUCAGGAUUGUAUUGUUGUGCAGCAACAGGACAAUGGUACUCAUAUAACGAGGCGACGAGCAUGUAUGAUGAAAUGUAGGAGGCUGCAUCCAUGGUGAGCUUAUAGCGACAAUUCAACUUUUAGUUUUAGUUUAGAAUGGUAUUAAAAUCCACUUUACUUUUCAGAUUCUUGUUAAUAGUUUCGAGACUUUUAAUAAGCCCUG